UGUCUGUCUGUCCACUUCCCUGUCUGUCUGCUUUCUCAUCUGUCUGUCUAUGUCUUUUUUCUUCCUGUCUGAUAUAUUUUCCUGUCUGUGUGUCUGUUUAUUUUCCUGUCUGUGUGUCUGUUUGUUUUCCUGUCUGUGUGUCUGUGGUUGUAUGUAAUGAAAUGUCCUCAUGUGUAUAAAGUGAGAGAUGUGAGUGCUUGAGACGUUAAGAGGCUUGUGCUCAUGUCUGUCUCUCUGCCCUCGUCCUUGGCACACAGUGUGUUCUUCAGCUCUGAUCCUCUGGUGGGCAGAGAGCGGGUGUAAUCUCAGCCUCUCAUUGGCCGUCAGAAGAGUGCAGGUGACUACAGAGAUUGUGCUUUGAGCAACAGAUUAGUCCGUCCUGUCAAUCCAAUUGAGCAAUUGUGCCUCAGGACAGGUCGGUCUGCAAAUAGAAACGAACUACGCAAACCCAAGCGUCAGACCAGGAUUCUGUGACUUCUGAGACGCUGUUAAGAAGGCCUACUUAACCGAGAUGCCGUCUUCCUCCUGUCACCUCAGCUUCGGUCCUGAGAAAAAGAUCGGUCACAGGCGUGUCGAUGCAUCUGGUGAGACCACCUACAAGAAGACGACCUCGUCUGCCCUGAGAGGAGCCAUUCAGCUCGGGAUCGGCUACACCGUCGGUAACCUGAGCUCUAAACCCGAGAGAGACGUGCUCAUGCAAGACUUCUACGUGGUGGAGAGUAUUUUCUUUCCGAGUGAGGGCAGUAAUUUGACCCCAGCGCAUCACUAUCCAGACUUCCGGUUUAAAACAUACGCUCCCGUGGCGUUCCGCUACUUCAGAGAGCUCUUCGGGAUUCGACCUGAUGACUAUCUGUAUUCACUCUGUAAUGAACCAUUGAUCGAGCUGUCAAACCCCGGCGCCAGUGGCUCCAUUUUCUACGUCACUCGUGACGAUGAGUUCAUCCUCAAAACCGUCAUGCACAAAGAGGCUGAAUUUCUGCAGAAGCUGCUGCCUGGAUACUACAUGAACUUGAAUCAGAACCCCCGCACCCUGCUGCCCAAGUUCUUCGGCCUGUACUGCGUUCAAUCUGGCGGGAAGAACAUUCGCAUCGUGGUGAUGAAUAACGUUCUGCCGCGUGUGGUGCGCAUGCAUCUUAAGUUUGACCUCAAGGGCUCCACGUGCAAGCGCCAAGCCUCCAAGAAAGAGCGAGAGAAAUCCAAGCCCACCUACAAAGACCUGGACUUCAUGGAGGACGUCCCAGAUGGACUUCUGCUGGAUGUGGACACAUACAAUGCCCUGGUCAAAACGUUACAGAGAGACUGUCUGGUGUUGGAGAGUUUUAAGAUCAUGGACUACAGUUUGUUGUUGGGGGUUCAUAAUGUGGAUCAGGCGGAGCGCGAGCAGGAGAUGGAGGGGUCUCAGGGCAGCAGUGAUGAGAAGAGACCCACCGCUCAGAGAGCACUUUACUCCACCGCCAUGGAGUCCAUUCAAGGAGGAGUUACCUGUAGGGACUCUAUUGAUACUGAUGACACAAUGGGAGGAAUCCCUGCCGUCAGUGGGAAAGGAGAGCGACUCCUGCUUUUCAUCGGCAUUAUAGACAUCCUUCAGUCCUACAGACUCAUUAAGAAGUUGGAGCACACGUGGAAGGCUUUGGUACAUGACGGGGACACUGUGUCAGUCCACAGGCCGAACUUCUACGCUGACCGAUUCUUCAGAUUCAUGAGCAGUAAUGUGUUUAAGAAAAGCACUUCACUCAAAGCUUCUCCUGCGAAGAAGGGGCGUGUGGCCCUCAACGUGCCCAAAUUCAGUGGCCCCGGGGCGGCCUGGUCCGCCUGUCAGCUCCCGUCAGAGAGAGACGAGAAUAUCUACGAUCUGAGAGCAGCUCGCAGUUUCCCCGCGCUCGAGAACGAUGGCCAGCAGUCUUGCACUCCGCCAUCGUUUGAGGAAGCGACUACAGCGUCUGUGGCCACGACUCUGUCCUCAAACACAUCUAUAUCGAUCCCCGAACGCUCCCCAUCAGACACCACAGAGCACCCGCGCUACAGGAGGCAAACUCUGUCAUUCAGAGAAGCUGAGAGCAGGACACAGGAAGUGGUGGAUGUACACGAGGAAGACCAGCAGACGAUCACUGUACAGGUGGAGGUGAAGAGAGAAGAGGAGGAAGACGAGAGAGCAGAAGAAGAGAGAAAUGAACCAGAAAUCUCUAUGACUCGCACUCCAGAGAACAAGGUGUCACAGGAGGCUGAAGUUCCUGCUCAAGCGUGCGAGACUGUAUUUAUUGAUGACGUUGUCCUAGAAUCACCUGCCAUACCAUCAGCAGCAGUUACCCAGGAAACUGUCUCCCAGGCAACGCUUCCCGAUGACACAAUCACCCAGCCAACAGUUCCACAUGAAUCAGCUUCUCUGACCGAUGCAGGGACCCUCAAAACAGCACCUGAACCUUUGGAGCAGACCCCGGUACCGUCCUGUUCCAGUCCAAACACGCAGCGUCCUGACCCGGACACACAGAUGUCAGAGUCACAGAGCCGAACUUCGCUAGAGGAAGAGAUCGGACCGGCUACUGACAUCUACUUUUAUGCUGAAGGCAGAUAUUGGGUUUACUCUCCCGUCCUACAGCGGAGAAAGUUCAGUUCCAGCAGCAUUCAGCCUCCAGAGGAGAGGAGUUGGGUGUAUUCAUCCCUGCAUUAUGGCUCAGAGCCUCAUCUCAUGUCCGAUGGUGAAAUUGAGACAUAAACUGGAUGGACAGUAGAUGUUUGCUUUAGGGGAUGGCGCUCGUGUAGGGUCAUCUCCUCUGGGACUGAAGCGGUUGUGCUGGUGACCAGAUUCCUUUUCUAUCCAGUUCGCGCUCACUUCCCCUUAAAUCAACGUUUUCCCUCUGAAAAUCCAGUAUGUGUUUAGUUAUAAGAACAGUUAAACGCGAAGACAAUUUAUCAUUAGGACGUGCAUGUGUGACUUCCUGAAAUACAUCGCAACAUUUUGCAUCAUACAUGCUGAGGCUGCCGUCCACUCGCAAUGUGGACGACCCAUAAUGCACUGCAACCAGACUGACGAACAUUCUUCAAUCAUUCUGUAAUAACAAUGUGUCCAUUCCUCAUAGCAAAUCAACUGUUCCCGAGCUGUUUUGUCAUUAUGCAGAUAUUACUUUUUUCCUGCAAGUCAUAUGUGAUUUUGCAUGCAAAUACAUUUCACAUUUUUAUUUUGUGUACGUCAGAGAUCUUUGAAAUGGAAUAGAGUUUGUGCAAUUAAAUUACGCUGUAAAAAUGUCAACGUCUGAGCCUGAAACCGGUACUUCAGAAGAUCCAAAACAUAUUGCCUGGGUCUCAACCCUGUCAUCUUCAAGUAGGGAUGUGCAAAACUUCUCAUCUAUUUGGUCUUAAGGAAGCUCUGUAUAUUCAGGCUUUUUAAGGCUCAACAGGUACAAUCAAAUGUGUGUGUUAAGGGGCGUUCACAAAGCCGGAACAGAACGGAGGAGAUUUAAGGUGCGUGUUUUAAAGUUUCAAAACUGUGAGACACUGAUUAAACAGCAAGACACAAUCCAUUUGCCCGUGUACACAGACCAGCAAUUAAAAACAUAUUUGCAGUCCGACAGUAAUUGUCUUAAAUAUUGGAUUUGUUACAAAAGCGCUGCUCCAGUGGCUAUAGCAGUGGUGCUUUAAAAGCGAUACAUUUAGUAGUUUUAGCAUGCUGACUGUCCAACAAUUACUGUUAAGUCAGGGGUAUACGUUGUUUUUCUGCGUGCUGUUGCAUCUUGUGUGCGGACUUGUAGCCCAUACUGAGUGUUCGACGCAUAUGCGCCAACAUCUACUUUUAAGCACCACUGCUAACUAAAAGAAAAAGUCUUAAUAAAGGCAUUAGUCGACACUACUGAUUUACAGAGCCCCUUAGAGGACAGGGCAUGAUUUAUUUAUUUAUUUUUAAUAGUUUUGCAUUCCCUCGCAAAACAAUUACCAUGGAAAUCUAUGGUAAUAAAAAUCAUAGUUUUGAGGUUAUUGAGGUUUUACUAGAAACAUUUGUAAAAAGCAAUUGCGCUGUACACAUUAUUGCAAUCAGUAAAACGUCAAACUUAUCAAAUGGCCAUGUGUCAUAUGUUGUUGAAAAGCUACAGAAUACACAAUAAAACCAGCAGACAAUAUAUAGCGAGUAAUAGCUAAGUAUAUGUCUUUGACAGUUAUGUUGGUGUUGCUUAUAUGCCUCAUUUUCACUUAUAAAUUCACGAAAAUAAACGGAACACAAAGCAUUAAUUAGAGGGGCGAAUAUCUUUUCAAUUGAGCCACACACAAGAUAAUCAGAUGUAUAGAUCAUUAGAUAAUCCACAUGAAGCACAAUGUUACAUAUGACCACCAGGAGAUGGCGCCAAAUACACGACACAGACUCAAUGAUGACUCAAAUGACACAGAAUGAAACUCAUUCUGUGAAAUCUCAUGACUAAAAUCAUGUCUGCAUGCUAUACAAACCUUUAGUCAUUGUUGUGUUUGCAUGUGUAAUUAGUUCUUAUGUACAAUUAUUAUCUUUUAUUUGUUUAGAGAUGCUUUUGGCAACAUGGCGGCAUGUUGAUAAUUAUGUUUAUAAUGCUAUAACUUUUGAUUGCUUUGUCGUAUCGACGCAAAAUCUUUCCAGAUACAGUUGCCAUGAUUGGGAACAAAACUAUGGCUACUAUAGUUUGCGAUAUUUACUAUAGUAAAACCAUAGUUAAACUAUGGUAUUUGUAUAGUAAAACCAUAAUAACUACAAAAUUAUAAUAAUAACAACCAUAGUUUUCAUUUUCCUGUAUUAUCACUGGUUUUACUAUGAUAUUACGGUUAAAAUAUGGUUACUGUAGUAAAACCAUUAUAACUAAUUUCAGUUUCAGAUACAAAUAUCCAUCCCUGUCCUCUCAGGGGCUCCGUACUUAUUGACUAGUCAGCUAUAAGACAACUAGUUGACCAUUUUGACCCAUCCCUACCUGAGGUCACUGUUAGAGUAAAAGCGGGUUCAGGAUUCUAGAUCACAUGGUGACCGCACCAAAAAAAAUAGGCUGGAAUUCAUGUAUGAAUGAGUGAAUCUUCUAGCCGUCAUUUAAUAAUCUGUCUGUAAAUAUAUUUCACUGCAUUUCAUUCAUAAGUAAGAUUAAUUUAAAUAUAGCUCAUGGUCUAUAACAUUGUUUUGGAUCAUAUUCAUCUGUGCAAACAUACUGAAUUCCCUCUUACGGGUCAUUGCUGUAUAAAACAUAAUUUUCAGUAGUGUUUUAAUUUACAGUUUCACUUAAUCCGGCAGCUGUGACUUCUAUGCAGUGAUUGUGUGUUUUUGUGAUGGAGAGAAGGCAAUAGUGUGUCAUACAUGUACGUUUCUGAUCACACAUGUUUGUGUAUGAGUACUAAAUGCUCUAGUGUGAGGUUUAUUCAACAGUGAAGAGUGGCACACUGAUGCUGGUACAUUCGCCCCCCAAAAAUGUUCAAACACUUAAAAGUCACUUAUAAAUGUCUGAAAGUCAUUGCAUUCGUUACAGUGGUGUAACUGUGAUAUUGUGGGCCCCAGUGCAAAAUACUCGAUGGGCCUACAAGAAUGAACUUAAAAUAUAUUACAUUAUAAUUGAUAAUAGGUUUGAUCCUCUCAAGGCACCUUUUUAGAAAUUAAGAAAUGUCUUUCUUAAACUAUUAAAAGGGAGUACCACAAAUGAGUUGUGCUAUUUAUUCUCAAAGGCGGCAUUUAACUGAGUACCGUAAUGACAUCAGAUGCACCACGCUGACUUGGGAAGAUUUCCCAAGAAUCCCUACAAUGUUGAACAAAAAAAUGCAGAGUAUCGUUGGAAGUAUCGCUUAAAAUGAGUAAGUUCUAAUUAGUGUUAGUGUAAGAUGUUAUCUUAAUAAUAAACUAUCAUUUUAUGAUCACCAAGGAUGAGAUGCAUAGUGUGUUGUCCAGCUAUAUAUUCAAAGCAGUUCCAUAUGAUUAUCUAUGGUUAUUGCAUGUGUUGUAUGCUGAUGAAUGUUUAGUCGGGUAAACUGUGCAGACAGUUUGACAUUUCAAUGGUCAUUAUGGGUCCCCUUAGAGACCGUGGGCUCCAGUGCAGCUUUUAUCACAACUAAAUACACUUUUGCAUCUGACUUUUGAGGUCACAGUGAUUUUUAUUGUUUCAAAUAAAUAGCACUUACUUUAUCUAUUUAUUUUAGUGUCUAAUGCAACAUUCAGUCAUUUAUGAGUGUGAUUUAAGUGCCCAAUAUUUUUGGGGGUCACUCUGUAUCUGUAAUAUACUCUAAACAUUCAAUUUUUUCAUAUUUGAGCUGUUUGUGUACGCAGAGUAGCACCUUUAAGCAUUUUAAUUCUUUUUGAGAAUAUAUCUCAUUCAAGAAACAGUUGUCGUUGAUAUCAAAUUACACUUUAUUUAUUAUCAUCUUCUAUCUAUGUGAUUUUAUGGACGUCUAUGAUGACUUUAUAGAUUUUAUAAUUUUUUUAAAAACUGUUUUGUGUUGUAUUAAGGCUGAAUUAAGUUGUGCGAUGUCUCAUAAUCAUGUUUAUCAAUGUCUAAGAUCAUUCUGUAAGUAUUUAGUCUCUUGGCAGAGCAAGAAUAUAAAUCACUAUAGACUUUAUUCACAGCAGCGCCAUCUUUUGUUUUUGGCGGGAAUGACAACAGCUGUGAGGGAAAGACGUACAGUCUCUUCAAUGGGUUGUAGUGUAGUUUAACGUGUUUUUAGAUCGUUCCGCGGACAAAACAUUGAAAACACAUAUUUUCAAGAACAUUUAGUAGACAAAACUGCCAUUGAAGAGAUGGCAAAUGUAUCCCUCACAGCCUCAUACCCAUUACCAUAAAAAAUCAAAGAUGGCGCUGCCGUGAUCAAGGUCAGAAUAAAAUUGCCUUAUUUGGUUAGCGAAAGUUCAUUAAUGUGAAUAUGAUUAAAAUCUGUCACCAUAAUCAGUCAGUGUUUUGACAUUUCUCAUUGUUCAUGGGGCGAGUCUUUGCAGUAAAAUGUACAACAUGUUUUAAACAGUAAUGAUGUAUUUAUUAUAUGUUUGAAGUAUUAAGAGAUUUAUUUUUGGUCUGCAUGUGAUGACAGUAAACACGGGGGGAUCUCACAUUAACAUAUUUGUGUCAUAUUUCAACUCAAAAUAAAGUAAAUUAAAGCUUUGU